CACUCACAUAGAUAUCAAGAAGAAGAAGAAAAAAAAAACUAGUCAACUAUCAUUCGAAUUGUCAUUUAAACAGUUAUGAAAAUGUCAUCGCCUUUGACAAUCCUUUUCAUCUUUCUAUCUUUGAUCAUGAUCAACCACCUCUAUGUGGUGAGUUCCACAACAUGGUGUAUAGCAACUCUGACUGCGACGAAUGCGCAGCUACAAGAUAAUAUUAAUUUUGCAUGUAGUCAAGGAGUUGAUUGUAGGCCAAUCAAACCAGGGGGAUCCUGCUUCGUCCCCGAUACUCUUGUAAAUCAUGCAUCAUAUGUGAUGAAUGCUUAUUAUCAGAGCCACGGUCGAACCACAGAGGCUUGUAGUUUUAAAAAUACGGGCACAUUUGCUGCUACUGAUCCUAGUUAUGGAAGUUGUGUGUAUGGAUCUUAAAAAUAUUAAAUUGGCUCUAAUUUAUAUGCAUGAUAAAUAACUGAAUAAAUAAAAUCAUGAUUUUAAAUUUUU